UCGCAUGAGGAUGCCUAUGUCAUACGAAUGCUACAACAUGACGAAACAUGACAUGGACUGCGUCGACAAGGCAAAUCUGAGCUUGACGGGAAGUCCUUUCACAUUCUCUAACAGUGCCAACAAGUUCACGGUCUUUGGAUGUCGAAUGCUUGGUUACCUCGGUCCUGGUGGGCAGAGCGCCGUAGGCAGUAACCUAACAAUUGGCUGUGCCACCAGUUGUGGCCAGGGUGAUGAUCUUUUAAGCAUCAAUGGUGAAGGAUGCUCUGGGAUAGGCUGCUGUCAGACGGCCAUCCCCAAAGGGAUCAAGCACUACAAGGUUUGGUUUGACACACACUUCAACACAUCAGUCAUCCACAAUUGGUCCCGUUGCAGUUAUGGAGCGUUAGUGGAGGAGGCCAGCUUCAAAUUCUCCACGAUUUAUGCCACGUCAUCGAAUUUCAGCAACCCUUUCGGUGGUGAGCCUCCAUUUGUGGUGGACUGGGUUGUAGCAAACAAUACCUGCGCCGAAGCAAGAAAACAUUUAGAUUCAUAUGCAUGUGCUAGCAGCAACAGCGUGUGUAUUGACUCGAGCAAUGGACCAGGAUACUUCUGCAAAUGUUCUCAAGGAUUUGAGGGGAAUCCUUACCUUCAGGGUCAUGAUGGUUGCCAAGAUAUUAACGAGUGUGAGGAUUCUAAUAAGUACCCUUGCUAUGGGAAGUGCAUCAACAAACUUGGAGGAUUCGAUUGUUUUUGCCCUGCGGGUACUCGAGGAGAUGCUUCUGUUGGACCAUGCCGAAAAGAGUUUCCACUAGCAUUCGGUAUUGCAAUUGGCCUAGGAGUUGGUUUCGGAAUUCUUCUUCUUGUCUUAACCGUAGCAUUCCUUGUCCGUAAAAGAAAGAAUGAUAUCCAAAAGCAAUUAAGGAAGAAAUAUUUUCGAAAAAAUCAAGGCCUUCUUCUAGAGCAACUUAUAUCAUCUGAUGAAUGCGCUACUGAUAGCACAAAAAUUUUCACCCUAGAAGAGCUGAAAGAGGCAACAAAUAACUUUGAUCCAGCACGUGUUCUUGGUAGUGGAGGGCAUGGUAUGGUUUACAAGGGCAUAUUGUCCGACCAGCGUGUGGUAGCUAUAAAAAAACCAAACAUCAUUAGGGAAGAAGAGAUUAGUCAGUUCAUCAACGAAGUUGCAAUACUAUCGCAGAUAAAUCAUCGGAACAUUGUAAAACUAUUUGGAUGUUGUCUUGAAACCGAAGUCCCUCUACUGGUGUAUGACUUUGUCCCAAAUGGCUCACUAAAUUGCAUUAUUCACGCUGAUCCAAGUAUGAGAGAAUUCACAUUGUCCUGGGAUCAGUGCUUGAGAAUUGCCACCGAAGCUGCGGGAGCUUUAUAUUACCUCCACUCUGCAGCAUCAGUAUCUGUUUUACAUCGUGACGUGAAAUCUUCGAAUAUACUUUUGGAUGCCAACUACACCGCUAAGGUAUCAGAUUUUGGGGUAUCAAGACUGAUUCCUAAUGAUCAAACCCAUGUUUUUACAAAUAUCCAAGGCACAUUUGGGUACUUAGAUCCUGAGUACUACCAUACCGGGCAUCUAAAUGAGAAGAGUGAUGUCUACAGUUUUGGUGUUGUUCUUUUAGAGCUGCUUCUCAGGAAGCAACCUAUUUUUGACAGUGAAUCUGGUUCAAAGAAAAAUUUAUCUAUUUACUUCCUUUCUGAGCUAAAAGGAAGGCCAGUUGCAGAGAUAGCUGCUCCUGAAGUUCUUGAAGAAGCAACUGAGGAUGAAAUUAACAUUGUCGCCUCAAUUGCCCGGGCAUGCUUGAGGCUUAGAGGUGAAGAACGGCCAACUAUGAAGCAAGUAGAGAUGUCAUUACAAUCUAUAAGAAAUAAAGGUUUCAGAUCAGGCACAGUUUCUCCAGAAGAUAGCGAUGAGCUGCAAACUCCACAAUCAGAAGGACAUGUAGAUUAUCAUCAAGCUACGGGGAUUGGAAUCAACAGUAUGGCUAAUUUAGCAUCUCCAGGUUGCUAUAGCCUGCAGGAAGAAUUUAUGUUAUCCGGAAGUCUUCCACGGUAAACUAUGAUUGUCAUGCUGUUAAAUUGUUGCAUGAUGUAUUUUUCUACCUUCAACAUAGCUUGUCAUUUCCCCAUCUAUCUUAUUGUAAAGAAAAUACUUGUGUACAUAUUGUGUUACAUCAUUAACAGUCUGGUACACCUUCUGCUCUGCCACAUGUAUGUACUUGGAUUUAUUUUAUGAUCGUUGAGAAGAUACUAUGAGUUACCACA